AUGCAUAAGCCCAAUAGUUUAAUGAACAUUAGUUUCUGUCUUUCUGAGAUAUCCAAUCAUGUAACUGAAUAAAUAAAAAAUCAAAACGAGUAGAUUCAACUUAUCUAUACAGAAAGGUAAAAAACUUUAGAAAAAUUACAAAAAUAACUAGAGAAGCUUAAUCAUACGAUUUCAAGAACUUAUAAUAAAUAACCUCCUUAAAGAAUCGACUAGAUUCAAAUUCUAAAGAAUCAGUAAUAUAAAUAUGAACUUUAAAUGGAAGAUGAUUUAGAGCUUCCGUGUUAUAGAAACAGAAUUUUUCAAAUCAAACUUAGGCUUGUAUAGAAUGAUAAAAAAAUUAUCAAUACAAAUAACCUGCUUGUUGAAUUACAAAUGUAAGAAAACAUACAAUAAUAUUAGUUGGACCUAUGACAAAAUUCCUAAAAAACUUACCCACAAUAACAAAAAUUAAUCUAUCUUCAAAGGAUGUCAACAAGCUAUAAUUAAAAAAGGUUAUGGAAGCUUAAAUCGGAUUUAGAUUAAAGAAGUUUCGUCCCAUUUUCCAAAAGGAGCAUUUAUGAUGAUUAUUUAACCUAUAGAUGAUGGCGCAGUUAUUGGAGAUGAGAAGUAAUAUACUUAUUUUUAUUGUAGAAAAUUUAUGAUUAAAAAAGAAUGGAUAAAGCCAUUAAUAAUAAAUGAUGUUGCUAUCAAAGCAAAAAAGUUUUCUGAUAGGCAUAAUCCUUAUUUUGCUAAAUCUGAUGGAACAAUUAAUAUUUUGGAAUAGGAAUGA